UGGUUAUAACUAGGGGUGUGUGCUUGCGGUAGGCGGAGUGUGCCAUUUGCCCGACUAUGCAAAGCUGUACAUUUUAUCCAGACUAACUUACUGGGAAAAUAUAGCAUACAUUAUAACACGUUUAAGUGGGUUCAUUAUUUUGAGCGUGUUGGAUCCCAGGGAGGCCUUUUGCACUCUUUACGAAUCAUCAUUCAAAUUGAAUGGGUGGGGUUUGCAAUGAACGAUACCGAAGUACAGUUUUUCAAGCAGUGUUCAGUUGACCGGUGUUGAAGCCUGGAUACCCGACCGGGAGGUGCCAGUGAGACCCACAGAGCGUAGUGGUGAGACCGCUGGCGGGUGUGCGUGAAGAGGGGGGAGGUGCCUGUGGAGUAGGUGGAGUUCUCUCGCGUGUGUCGGAGAGUCAGCUGGGCGAGGACCUUGUGGACGCUGCCUGUGUCCAGCGGGAAUCUGGCCGUGGGAGACUACAGGAGUUCAGCUCGAAGUUACGUUCGUCGAAGGCUGCAUCGCGAGUAAAAACGCUUGUCUACUGUGGUUUAAUCGUUUGCACACGGAAAGACUUCAAGGGAUUCAGUCCUGGUCAAAGUUGCCCCUGCAGGACAGAGUGAACUCCAGAUUAAAAGGAUUUGUGGCAACAAUCAAAAGUGAAUGUGAUAUCCGAGAGAGAGACAGAAUUUUAAAGCGUCUAACAUGGCUGUGGCUGGAUGUCCGGAUUAUUUUCUGCACCAUCCAAAUUACCAGCAGGACAAUGUAGACCGGGCCUCCAAUCACAGACCAGCGGAUCUAAUUGGGCCAAGUUUCCAACAGUCAUCCAAUCGGAACUCUCCCAACCAUCAAGAGGACGAUGUCGACCUGGAGGCUUUGGUGAAUGACAUGAACUCGUCCUUUGAGAACCUGUAUUCGGCGUGCAGCGCACCGUCGGAGUCCGCCCCCCUCCUGCAGAACGGGCAGGCGCAGCGCCCCGCCCCGCUGCCGCCCACGUCCCCACACCAGAACGUGCGACGCUCACAGCCCGUGCACAUUCUCGCUGUGAGGAGACUUCAGGAAGAGCAGCAGCUGAGGACGUCAUCGCUGCCUGCGAUCCCAAACCCGUUCCCAGAGCUCUGCAGCCCGGCCAGUUCCCCUGUCCUCAGUCCUGGCUCUCUGCCCAAGUGCCAGCCCUCUGACAAUCGCAUCAUUAAAGUUUUCAGCGAAGACGGUACGCGGAAAGUGGUGGAAAUCCCGGCAGACAUGACAGCGCGCGACCUCUGCCAGCUGCUGGUGUACAAGAGCCACUGUCUGAACGACAGCAGCUGGGCACUGGUGGAGCAGCACCCCGUCCUGGGGCUAGAGAGGUGUCUUGAAGACCACGAGAUGGUGGCACACGUUCAGGCAGCGAUGACAAGCGAAAGCAGGUUUCUCUUCAGGAAGAACUACGCCAAAUACGAAUUCUUUACAAAUCCCUUGAACUUCUUCCCAGACCAGAUGAUUGCGUGGAGUCAGGAGACUAGCAGCCCAAUCCCCCCUUCACAGCUUCUACAGAAUUUCUUGAACUCCAGCAGUUGUCCUGAAAUUCAGGGCUUCCUUUAUGUGAAGGAGAUGGGCAGGAGGUCCUGGAAGAAGAUGUAUAUGUUUCUCAGACGGUCAGGGUUGUACUAUUCAACAAAAGGAACAUCAAAGGAGCCCAGGCAUCUGCAAUUGCUAUCAGACUUCGAGGACAGCAACAUCUUCACUGUCAUAACCGGCAGGAAGCUGCACAGUGCACCAACUGACUAUGAGUUCUGUAUAAAGCCCAAUAAGGUGCGGAAUGAGGGAAAGGAGUCGCGGAUGCUGUGUGCGGAGGAUGAGCAGAGUCGGACCUGCUGGAUGACCGCAUUCAGGCUCUUCAAGUAUGGCAUUUUGCUCUAUCAGAACUACAAGAUCCCGCAGCAGAGAAAGGCACUGUUGUCCCACUUUUCCACACCGGUGCGGAGUGUCUCAGAGAAUUCUCUGGUUGCCAUGGAUUUCUCAGGGAGAAUAGGGCGGGUGAUCGCCAACCCUCUGGAGGCUCAGAGUGCUGCCAUGGAGGAAGGACAUGCAUGGAGGAAGCGGAGCCAGAGAAUGAACAUCCUCGGGAGCCCCAGUCCGCUCCACCCCUCUUCUCUGAGCACAGUCAUUCACAGGACCCAGCUGUGGUUUCACGGCCGCAUCACUAGAGAAGAGUCGCACCGGAUGGCCAUGCAGCAGGGCCAAGUGGACGGGUUAUUCCUCCUACGGGACAGCCAGAGUAAUCCCAAGGCUUUUGUGCUCACACUGUGCCAUCACCAGAAAAUCAAACAUUUCCAGAUCUUGCCGUGUGAAGAGGAUGGACAGAUCUUCUUCAGUCUUGAUGAUGGCUCCACCAAAUUCACCGACUUGAUCCAGCUGGUGGAGUUUUACCAGCUCAACAGGGGAGUUCUGCCUUGCAGGCUGAAACACCCGUGCACCAUAGUGGCCUUAUGACCUGACUUUGCCUACAAACAACAAACUGAAUUUUCUUUUCCUUUUUCUGAAAGCUUGACAGUCCCCUGAUCAUGAGCAGUGGGGACCUGCCUUUGGGAUGAGUGGGGGGUGGGUCUUAAAUUUCAUUAAAAUGUAUGUUUUUGGUUUUGUUAAACUGAGCAGAGUGGUGUCAAUACAGGGACCGCAUUAUCGGCAAGCUACUGCUUUGGCCCUGGCAGGAAAUGCACAACAAUCCAAUAGCAAUAGGAUUUUUUAACCGUUCUCCAUUUCUUCUAGAUGCAAAGUUGUUUACGUUUUAAAGUUUUUUUUAUCUGUUAGACAUUUAGUAUUAAGUUUCCCCCUGCUGGCUCGAGAACAGUCUCCGUGGAGCUGAAAAUGACAUUCUGCAAACUAAGUGACAUUCUUCACCUUCCAUGAGAAAGCCCUCUCGGUUAAUUGGAUUGUGAGAAAAUCUGGGCUGAGACUAAUCCUCGAUCCCAGGGAAAGUAUGGGGCGACUCCCUGGGCAGUGAGCCGUCUGUAGAGCUGCUCCCCAGAUUGGAUGGGAGGAGGAGUCUCUCUCUCAGCCCGCCGCUCUCUGCUGCAGUGUUACAGUGUGCUCAUUCCACUUCCUCCUCACUCGCUCAGUUAUGUGGGUAAAAUGUUCUCUUUAUGACAUUUCCCAUUCAGGAAUAUUUUAUCUUCAUCUCUCAGACAAUUCCUGUAGCAGCCUCCCCAUCCCCCGCAAGGUAAUCACUUGGUCUGCUGUGAUCCGGGAGAGCAGGUGACCCUGUUCUCCAGUGAGGGUGGAGGGUGGGUGGUAAUCUGAGGCCCCCCCCCCAUCCCUCUGUCACAGGAUGUUGAGUUACUCUAUAACCACUACAUCCCCGCUAACACACUGCUGUGACCUCAGUUUGUUAGGAAAGACAGAACGGAUUUGUGGGACGUGCAGACGGCCACUUUGGGUUUAACUGGUGAAAUGGGAAAUCCACUGGAACUGCUGUGAAUGCCUAGUAUGGAUGUUUGUUCACAUCUUGUGUUCCUCUGAUUGAGUUACUUGUAAGUCAGACACAGCAGCAGUGCAGUGUGCUGUGGGGCCUGGUGGACUGAGCGGGAAGGAACCUCUGACUGAGACCGUGAUGAAAGAGCCAUCUAGUGAGAGAACUAUAGUAGCCACACUAACAAAGUGCUCCUUUGGGUGAAAUUAUUUAAAUGAAAUGCAAAUGACUCAACAAUUUUUAAGUAUUGUUUCAGUAAUUGUAUUUAUUUACCUGGAUUUAAAUAAUUACUUGAAAUGUAGGGUUUUUUUCUCUUUUUUGUUUCCAGCGAUUUAUUGAACGUCAGUUCAUGCACACGCAUGCACGUAUGCACACACACACCCACACACACACACACACACACACACACAUGCUUAAUUUUCUAGUUUCAUUUGUAGAAUAGGCUAAGCAGAUUAUGUCCUCUUUAGUUGAAACAAUCCAAGAUACACCAUUUGUGGCCCAUGUUUCAGCAAUGAAGCAAAAUUUAAAAUGUAUCUUUUCAGUUGAUGGUAAUGGCUAGUAUUUCAGCUGCCAGAGCUCACAGUCAUGUCUCACGUGGUUCAGUACAAUUGAAUUUCUCGGCAGGUCUGCACUUAAAGAGUACCCCUCAGAAAACUAUGUGUAGACCCCUACGUCUUUUCUAAAUGUUAACCAAAUCACAUACCCUUUAAACAAAACGUUGGGUUGGGUUGGGAAAUGUUGGGUUGUUGUUACUGUUCAAAUGGAUUGAGUUUCAAAAUAUUCUGCGACUGUUCACUUGUUAAGCACAUGUUUUGUAAAUGUCCUGAUCAUUCUCUGGUGUGUCUUAACAGGCUGUUCUGGCCAGAUGACCUUCAGCAUGUCAGUACAUUUCUACGCUUUUGUUUCAGAAAGGAAGAAAGUUCAGAUCUUUGUUAUUCAUUAAGUGAUGUUGAAUUACAUCCAUUUAGAGAACUACAUACACAUAUCAUAAACACGCAUGCACAUGCUCACUCUCAGACCCGUGGCCUUCUGAAAGUAUUAAGGCAAUCUGUUUUAUGCUUCAUGCUGGAAUUGUGUGAUGCAGGUGACUCGGCACCUGCUAUUCAAGUCAUUAUAUAUGCCUUUAGUCAAGACCCAUGUUUUGAGUUUGGAACAGGCUAUAAUCUGUUUUUGUGUUUGCUUAAAAAUGAGAAUUUCUCUGAAUUAUGUGUAUGGUGUCAUUGUUAGCACUAGGUAUUGUUUUAAGAGGUCUGUUCAUACACUGUGUAUGCACAGUUGCUCUCACCCUGAAAAUUCCAUCCCACCAGGUUAGUCAUUGAUACUCACCAUUCUUCAGAAUUAUUUCAAUGAAAUAUGUGAUGGUCUUCCAGCUUGGAAUCAUGCAGAGCUUUAUAAUGUUAAAUGCUCCCUCCUUAUGACUCUUGAACAUUAUAAAUACAUGGUAAAAUGUGUAACAUUAGAUGCAACACUGUAUUUUAAGUUACAGAUCACUAUUUACUGAAUUUUUAUCAUAACUGCAUAUAAAAUGAAGAAACUUGAUUUAUUUUAGUGCAUUUUUUAAAGAUUUUGGUUAUGUGUACAUAGUAAGAUUAUUGUAUUUGAUUACUUUUGGCAUUUGUCACAUAAAAUGACUGUUUAAGAGUAUAUCUGUGCUGAUUAAGCUGGUUUAUAAAUCACAAACUGGACCCUAGGCAUAGGGCCUACAUUGUUACAAGCUAUUUAAGAUUAUCUUCAGCUACAAUUCAAUUUAUAAGCUCAUUUUCAUAAAAGUUUUGAAAUGUUUAUCUUAGCAUUAUUAAACUUAACAGGUUUUAUUUGUUUCACAACUUCCAGUCAUAACACUACCCUCAGAUAUGUUUUGUUACAGUUCACUGUUCAUGCAUAUCACCUCAACACAUCACUCACUGGUUCUGAAGUGAAAACCCAGUGCAAAAGAAUGGACUAAUUCUAAGUGACAUGAAUGGAACUGGGUUGCUCAGGGUUGAACAUUGGGCCUGUUGAAAACUGGUCUUUUUGAACAGUGUCAUUUUUUGUUUGUGAUCCACACAUCAUGGUGAAUUUGAGUUGACAAUACACCAAACUGCUAAUUACUUUUUGUUAAGAUACCUUUUUUGUUUUGACGCACAGUUUUCUUUGAAAACAUUUCCCAGAAAUCACUGUGGUUUUUACAGUUAAUUUUUCUUUACUGUAUAGUUGAAUGGAGCCUAAUCUUAGCAGGUCACCCAUUACCACACCUCGCCCUACACUGACUUUUAUUCUACAAUUCCGCCAAUCCUGAUCUUUUCCCAGUCCUGGUCUUUGCAUACACGGUCACAAUGCAAGACUUUGCCACUGUAAAAAGGAAAAUAGCAAGACAUGUAUAAUAUAAUUUCAGGGAAUGUGAAAUAAAAAAAAGAUUUUUUUUUUUUUUUUUUUUAAAGAGGUAAAUCCUGUAUUCAUAAUGUGCUUUGCUUCAUUCUGUAAAUAGCUGAAUGGCUUAUGAAUCUUAAUUGUAACCUUUUCCGGUAUUUUUGUACAAACAAGGGACUGAUAUAUUCUGUUUAUUGUAAUUAGAAUAAAACAUUAAUACAUUG